CAGAUAUAGGUGGUUGCAAUUCAGCACAUGGGGAAUGGUGCUGAGAAUAUGAUAAAUGUGCAAAUGUUCUAGGCAAGAAUUUGUAUAGGGUCAUUACAAAAUUGAAGGGGAAUAAGAAGACACCUCUCUUUUGGUGUCAUUCUCCUCUCACUUAUCACAGUUUUACAGCUGUGCAUCUCUAUUGACUUCAGGGCAAGUUUACACUGGGAUGAAUCUUAUGGAAAGGAAACAGGGAAAUGAAACUUCCAUCACAGAAUUUAUCCUCCUUGGAUUCGGGAAUGUCCCUCAGCUGCAGAUCUUUCUCUUCCUGCUGUUUCUAGUGAUCUACAUUGUGACCAUGACCGGGAAUAUCCUCAUCUUUGCACUAGUUGUGGCUUACCAGCAACUUCACACCCCCAUGUACUUCUUCCUUGGGAACUUGUCCUGCUUGGAGACCUGCUACAGCUCCACCAUCCUGCCCAGGAUGCUGACCAGUCUCCUGACUGGGGACAGAACCAUUUCUGUUAGUGAGUGCAUCACACAAUUAUAUUUCUUUGGUUCUCUGUUAACCACUGAAUGUUCUCUUUUAUCUGUGAUGGCCUAUGAUCGGUAUUUGGCAAUAUUGAAACCGCUACAUUAUGCGGUCCUUUUGAAUGACAGGUUCUGCCUCCAGCUAGUGGCCUGGUCUUGGAUCAGUGGAUUUAUGUCUGUUGCCAUCAUAAUAUUUAUGAUGUCACAGUUAAGAUUCUGUGGCCCCAGUGAAGUUGAUCAUUUCUUUUGUGAUUUUAGCCCAAUAAUAAAACUGUCCUGCAGCGACACUCACACGCUGGAAGUUACUGCUUUCAUACAUUCCUCCAUAUUCACAUUGCCUCCAUUUCUAUUAACAGUGGCAUCCUAUGUUUGUAUCAUCUCCACCAUCCUGAGAAUCCCUUCCACCACCGGGAGGCAAAAAGCCUUUUCCACUUGCUCCUCCCAUCUCAUCGUGGUGACAAUAUUCUAUGGGACGCUAGUCAUUGUGUAUCUGCUAUCAGGCUCUGAGGCAUUGAGGGACCUGAACAAAGUGCUCUCUGUUGUCUAUGGAGCCUUAACCCCAUUGGUCAACCCCCUCAUAUACAGCCUGAAAAACAAGGAGGUUAAGGAAGCCUUGAGGAAAGCUGUGCUUAGAUUUUUUGUCUUUUACAAGAACACAGAUAUUUCAAGAUAAAAGGCAUAUGUAAUGGGGCAAUCACUGGGAUAUGAUCUGGCAAAGUCACACUCCUGUGAGUAGCCCUAACUUACCUUAGAGUGCCUGUUAUACUCCAGACUACCUCUGGCUCUGUGACACAUUUUGGAGGGAAAUAUCUAAGACUUGCACUGCCCCCCCACCCCACUUGCACUUUAACGUGUGAAGAAUACAGUGCAUUGGCCCCCACACUUGCAGUACAUAUUCUAUGAGUAUGGAUGAAUUUUCCAAGAACUUGCAAGCUAAUCUCUUGAUUGGUGUAGAGAGGCGGAC